UGGUAGCUAAUUAUUUUCUGUGUAAAUUCACUUAUUUCUUCCUAACCCUUCUGUAGAAAAAAAGACGAGAAUAAUGUUGGUCCUCAAGUCGUUGAAUAAAAAAUUGAACCUGAGUCUUUUGUAUUUAUAUUCGAAUAAUUGUUAUUUACUCAUCCUCAUAAAUCCGCAACUACAUACCGAGUGCGCGCAGCGCGUAAGAAACAACUCAGUGAGAAAUUCGUCGAAUCAAUGUCAAAUUCGUCGAAACAAUGACGAUUCGAUCAAUCAUUUCUCACUGGGAAGCGUCAGCUAACAAUUUAUAAUCUAUACAAAUGAUCAGUGCCGGAACGAGAUAUUUUCUCAUCCGAGGCACUAUUAGCAAUUGACGCUUCCUUUCUCAACAUACGCACAAACGCAUGUCAAAAUAACAUAGGCUUGGUAGGUACUUGAACUGCUACAUGUUAAUAUUAUUUUUGCAUUUUUAUAAAAAAACUUUUUUUAAAAAAAUUGUUCAAUUUAUUGUUCAUUUCUAUGCCCUCUCAUGUCUUUCAUCCGAGACGAGUGCUUCGCGCGAUCUAGAUUCGACUCUGCAAGAAACAUUGAAGGGAUAUUGAAUUGAUUAAUAUAUUUAAAUCAUUGAGAAGAUUCUAUGGUAUUUAAUAGCGGUUGGUCACCAGUCAAGAAUAAAAGCCAAUAGAGUGCAAACAUCUAUAAGAGGAGAAAACUUACUAUGUUAAAAAUAUUAUGUGUUUUACUAAAAGUAUUUAUGCUAAUGAGGACGGCUCUCACGUCCUCUUCGAAAGAUCAGGAAGAUUGUAUAACUCAGGAUAACCCAUCCUUCAGAUUCAUCGAUGUCCAUGAGUACGUGUCAUCAAAUAUCGAAUCUGUUCAGUAUUAUUUUGAAAACGACACUAUGAGAAAAAGAAAUGAAGUCGGAGAAACUACACCAUCAUCAGGAAGCAUUCCAAGCGAGCCAACAUUUCCUAGAGCAUUCGUGGAAUUUAACGACAGAUUAAAUCAGAAAGACAUUUUUGUGACAUUUAGAUGGAACGAACCUAAAUUUACAAAUGGAGUGAUACAAAAAUAUACAGUUCAAUAUUGGUUUUUUGAGAAUCAAAUAAUUCAUAGAACAGUUGUUAUAAUCUCAAAUUUUACGAUAUUGCAACAUAAAGUGUACAAUUUAAAACCUGAUAGAGUGUAUUAUUUCGAAGUACAAGCGCAUAACAAAUUUGGUGCUGGCUCUUACACUAAGUUUAUCAACGUGUCGACCACAUAUGAGAAUCCAGUACCUUUAUUACUCGUCAAGGAGAAAGAUAAAGUUUAUGUAUUGGAUAAAGAUUUACAGAUCGGCUUUGAACGUGAUAUAUAUAUAUACUGUACUGAAUACGUUUACUCAGCAUUGGAACAUAAGAUUUAUGGGAUUACUUACAAAUCAGAGUUAAUAACAUUGCAAUUUAAUCCAAAUGCAAUCGAAACAAAUCAAAAUUAUACAAUAAUAGCAGAAAUCAGGUACAAUGCAUAUUCUCUGUGCAUUGAUUGGAUUGGUGGCAGUCUUUAUUGGUUAGAAGAAACUAUUGACCAUAUUUACAUUAUGAAACUGGACUUAAUAUUACUACAACAAAAAGGCAUCAAAACAUACGAAAAAAUCGCACUGGCUGCAAAGCAUACUUUAUUUUUAAGAGCAUUGCCAUAUAAUAGACAUUUAUAUUGGAUAGAAGAUUCUUCAAUAGUGCAAACGGAUUUCAAUGGUAGAAACAAAUUAUAUAUGGCAAACAAUAAAUGCUUUUGCCUCAAGACAUUUCUAGGAUUGCUACAAUAUGAGUACACUCUCAUGACGAUUGAUACAACGAAUAUUGACGAGCCGCUAAUAUAUUGGAUAAUAAACAAUGAAUAUUUAAUCGUAACGGAUAUUAAUGGUUGUAAUUGCAAUAUGAUUUUAAAAUUUCCAAAUCAAUCAAUUUAUCGUUUUGAUGAUAUAGUAAUUGAUAGUAUAAAUAUUUACUUGAUUUCUUAUGGAUACUAUGAAAUAUAUAUUUUAAGAAAGGGGAAUGCUCUUCACCAAAGCAAAAAAAAUUUAUUUGAAUGUUUAAAAAAAAUCCAUUUUGAAGACGGCUUUUUUGACUUCAUAGCUCUUGAUAAAACUUUACAAUCAUAUCCCCCGAAGAAAUGUCUAAUAUCUACGAAAAAUUAUCGUGUUGAAGAAAUGUUAAUAACUGCAAACAGCAUUAAGGUGAACCUUCCGGAGCCGAAUCCCAAUGACGAAUGUAAAAAGUACAAUUUUACUUUUAUAUAUAACAUCUCUGUGAGUUAUUUAAAAUGUUUAGACAAUAAUCUUGACAAAUUCGAGGAAUUUUAUGUCCAAACGUACGAACGGCAGUACGAAUUCCAAAAUUUGACGCAGUUGACAGAAUACACGUUAAAGCUGGCAUUGAGCAAUUUUUACGUCCACAAGUUAUCGAUGGAUUUGCAAUUCGGCCCAGAUGUAAAACUGAUAACUACGGGCAAGCUCUAUGCACCGGAUGAUGUAGUAGUUCAAGUUGUAAUGCCAAAUCUGGCGAUAAUUGAUUGGAUGCCACCGAAAAAAUUAGGUUGCGUGGCAGUGAAUUAUGAGGUGAAAUGGAUGCAAUAUUCAAAUAGCACUCAAGAAAAUCAAAAUUUGUUUCGCUUCAUAAAAGCCUAUAAACUAGAACGCACGACAAAUGGCAAGUUUUUCGCGGUAAUUCCGUCACUGGUACCAAAGCAAAAAUACGAGAUAUACGUGAGUGUGUAUUCAAUCAUUCGCACAGAUGUCGUCACUGACAGUGUAAUAAAAACAAUCUACAUAUCCGAACCGAAUAAUUUAAGUUUGAAUGAGGUCGGUACAAAGAGUAUGAAUAUCUCGUGGAUUCCAAGCGUUAAUCUAACAAUUCCUAUAGAAUUUCUUAUAUUGGAAUACAAAAAUGUUGCGUCGCGGAAGUGGAGAUGGACAUUUGCAAAUUAUAUUGAAGUGAAUAACUACAAAAUAACAUAUUACGUAGAAAAUUUAUUGCCGAAAACUUUAUACAAAUUUCGUUUGAAAUUGAAGUAUACUGAGUAUAGAGAAGAUUUCAUAUGGCCGUCUGAUGGAGAAGAAUUUAUUUUUGAAACGCUCGGUGAUGCAAGAAAGAUUUCUAGCGCAACUGGGACAGCUAUGCAAUAUUAUCUGCCAUUAAUAUUAUGUCUUAUUGUAAUCAUUGUAAUAUACAAUGUUUACUACUUUUAUUGUACAUACAGGCAACGCAAAAGAAGUAACAAAAUAGUUUCGCCUCCAAUAAUGAUGAAUACGGAAUUAGUACCUUUAAAUGAAAUACCUUUCGGGUACACUCAACUAAAUUUGCUGAACCCUCCUAGAUUGCAAUAUAAUUCAGACGAAUUUGCGUUGACCAUAAUCGAAAAAAAUCAAAUUAUCCAAACAAAGUUUUUAGGUAGCGGCGCAUUUGGUAGUGUAUAUCAAGGAAUCAUCAAAGAUUUUGAAGGGUUGGACACAACACCAGUUGCGAUAAAAAUGCUGAAAAGACAAGCUUCUUCGAAAGAAAAAAAAGAAUUCUUGAAAGAGGCUAAACUUAUGAGCCAUUUUCGACAUAAAAAUGUGCUAAGAAUAUUAGGCAUUUGUUUGGACACGAAUUCACCGUUACUUAUAUUGGAAUUAAUAGAACCUGGUGACUUAUUGAAUUAUUUAAGAAAUAAUGGAACAUUGCAAUCGUCAGAUUCGUGCGCGUUACGUCUGAAAGACUUGCUCGCCAUGUGCGAAGAUGUUGCUCGAGGCUGUUGUUACUUAGAAAGGCAGCAAUUUGUGCAUAAAGAUCUCGCGUGUCGAAAUUGCUUAAUAUCCGUAAGAAAUCAUGAAAACCGUAUUGUGAAAAUCGGCGACUUUGGACUAGCUAGAGAUAUUUACAAGGAUCACUAUUACCGUAUGAAAGGAGACCACCCGCUUCCUGUUCGCUGGAUGGCACCGGAAUCUUUAAUGUUUGGAAUAUUUACUUCACAAAGCGAUGUUUGGGCUUUCGGAGUACUAAUGUGGGAAAUUAUGUCAUUGGGUGAACAUCCUUAUCCUGGCAAAAAUUAUUCCGAAGUUAUAGAAUAUGUGCGUGAGGGAGGCAAACUGCCAAAACCUCUCAACUGUCCACCGAUGUUGUAUCAGUUGAUGCUACAUUGUUGGAAAUCUGUAAUCGGUAGACCAAACUUUACAAAUUGUGUCAAAAAUAUCAAAACCUUAAGAAAUAACGUAGAAGAUUCGAUACUUGUAAUUAGUUCAUUGGAUAUUUUUGGACAUAGAGAGACGAAUCAUUCGUAAUUCUUUUUAUGUGUAUAUAUUUUUGUAUAGAGUAAUGAAUUUUUGCGAUUCUAGAUAAUAUCUAUUAAGAAAUAUUGCUCUUAUUUACUUUUACUCACAUUUUAUAAUACAAUUAACGUUACAUUUAAUCAUUUUUUUAUUAAUAUUACAAUUCAAGUUAUAACCUUAUUUACAAUAUGUAGAAAUUUUAUUAUAUUUAAUAUAUUU